AUGUGGAGCAAACUCGUCGAUAUGGCUUUCGUCGCAUGUUUCUUCCUGUUCGCUCGGGCGUUUCUGUUUUACGACUUCGCAUAUCUCAGAAUGGUCCCUACUACCGGGAGCGACUUGCUAAGCUCUCCAAUGAACAGAGACAUUGCCACGCUGUAUAACGCCACCACCCCGCCAAGCAACGGGAUAUAUGAUGAUGCCCUACCUCCGAGUUGGGGCCCCGCUAUGGCGACCAACUUUACUACCAACGACGAUGAGCUACCAAUGGAAUCUGUCUUUGAAGAUGGCAGCCACGCCUUUGCGCAAAAACCGGAACGUCACGUUCCCAGUGUCUCGGCGGCCGACAGUCGUGAUGCUGAUGUUGAUGACGGUUAUACUCCUGAAAAGGAACUGCAGUUGACAAGAGUUGCACCCAGGAUGGAAACCAGUAGUACUUCGCCUGUGUUAUUCUCAUCCUCCGACACUCGUGAUCCUGAUAUCGCUGCUGUUGAACGUGUGACGGCUCGGAUGUGGCAUGAUUCUGAUUAUUACGGUCGAGACGACUAUGUGACUACCGACGUGAAGUCUGAUUCUAAGGUCAAUUCUGGUCAGGAUAUUUCUCCGAAAUCCAGAUUUUUUCCGUUCGAGCGCGAGUAUGAUCAAAGGUCCUUGGACGACGAACCAUUUCUUUCCAUGGAGGAAUAUGACGGUGAAAGGGAAAUAUUCGCUCUCAAAAUAUGGAUUGACAGGAAGGCUUGGUAG